AACUUAUCGACUCGUAAAGAAAAAGAAAGCAUAAAGCAUGAGAAAUAUGUCAGCAUUAUUGAAUUUUUAAGAAAAUGCUAACAAAAUAACUUUUCCUUAAUUUUUACUUCUUCUCAUGAAGGCAGUAAUUUACUCUGUAUUCCAGUCAGUUUAUUUAAUUGUUGAGUACAUUCUGUACUACGGUUACUUUAUUCUGCACAUGAAAUCAGUUGUUCCAGUGGACUGUGUAACUAUAAGCAACAAAUGAUUUCUGUCAGUUAAUAAUUCGAUUGGCUGUUAUGUUUGUUUAGUGAUUUGCAAAUUAACCUGAUACUUAUACUAAUUAUUACACUAAUAAAACUGCAAUCAGUAAAUGAGUUUCUGUUGCCAAUAAUAACUGUUUCAUUCCUGUUGUAUUUAAACAUUCAGAUGUAUUUAUCAGAAAAUACUUUAAUAGCUACUGAAUCCAAUGGGUAUAUUAAUAAUGCAGGAAGAUUUCGUUCUGAAAUUGGUGUAAUCCAGUGUAGAAAAGUCAAAGAAUCUCCUUCUGGACAUCCUAAUUUCGUAUCAUUUGAUUCCUCAUUAAAAGCGAAGGAUCUCCCAUCUCCAUUAUCAGAGAACCGGUUGUCUGUUUUAAAUUUUGAAGAUAAAAUUGGUGAGGAUAUCAGGAAUAUCGAUGAUAUUAGUAAAGAUGUUGAUCGUCUUUCCACCAAUGAAGAAUUACAAGACAAUGAUAAAGCUGACAGUCUGAGCAACACUGAUAAACUCAGUGGAGCCUCAUUACUUGAUAAUUUCAGAAAUACACUAUCGCCAACAAGUAUAUCUUCUCAACCAGAACAGCAACAAGGGCAACAGUCAUCGUAUGAAACAGAUUUGCAUCAACUGUGUAGUUCAGUAACUCAACCACCCACAACACUAAAACCAUCUCAGUCAUUUGGAACGGUGACUACACCAACAAAUUACGACGAUGAAUACUUCCUAUUUGAUCAUGAUCCAAAUUCAUUUUACAAUAAUAACACAGGAAGUAGUUUUAAGUCAACAAAUACACCAUUACAUUUAGAAAAUCCUGAACGAGAGACAAGAUGGUAUUUCAAGUAUUUUCUUGGUAAAUAUCAUCAGCUGUAUUGUGGGUACCUUAGUGAACGUGAUCCAUUCCUCCUUGCUGUUACCAAAGAUGAUAUACAAACCUAUGGAAUUAGUCAGUAUCGCGCGAUUUUAUGGAGAAAAACGGGUAGCCAAAAAUUAUGUAUAUCAUACAAUCCUACAAAUGCAUUGACAGCAAAGAAGGUGUUAAACUUCUUCGACAUUCAUCGUGUUGAGAAAGGACCACGAGAAAUUCUAAAUUUUGAAGUUCAAAAAGAUGCUCUUACACUUGAAGAACAAGAAGGUUCUGUAAAUUUCAAAUUUGGCGUACUUUAUUGUAUUGAAGGUCAAACAUCUGAUCAAGAAAUGUAUAAUAACGAAAAAGGAAGUGAACAAUUUGAAAGUUUUGUUGAUCUUCUUGGAGAUAGGAUUGGUUUAAAAUCUUGGGAUCGAUUUAAAGGAGGUUUGGAUACAAAAACCAAUACUACAGGUGUCAAUUCAGUGUAUACAAUAUAUGAAGGUCAUGAAAUAAUGUUUCACGUAUCUACCUUACUGCCUUACUCAACAGAGAACCGACAACAGAUUGAACGAAAACGACAUGUUGGCAACGAUAUAGUGAAUAUUAUAUUUGUGGAUGGAUGUCCACCAGGAGAACAACCGUCAUGGACUCCAUCUAUGAUGAGGACACAUUUUACUCAUAUUUUUGCCAUUGUAACUUACGAUACAGAAGUAGGAGUUUACAGACUUAAUAUAUUCGCUGAAGAAUCAGUUCCAUUUUUUGGACCACCACUUCAUAAUCCUCCAGAAUUUAAGAAUCCUCAAGAAUUUCGUGAAUUCCUGUUGGUGAAACUAAUUAAUGGUGAAAAGGCUGCAUUUCGAUCACCUGUAUUUGCACAAAAGCGCCAGCGUACAUUAGAGAUGUUGUUAAAUGCAAUUUGUACAACAUACACUAAUGAGACAAAUAAUGGAGCAAUUUAUCGACGAGCAUUCAGUGAUGUUGUAGUAGACUCCUUUAAUGGAGUGACAACAAGCAAAGAACAAAGCCGUAACGAUGCACACAUAAGAUAUGGACAAAUGCUAAAGUUGAAUACAAUAAUCAGAGGAGAUGCUCCAACAAGUUCAAUAACUAGUGGACAAUCGAAAAAGAAUCUAUGGCAACCAAAGUUAAUACACAAAUGUACCCAGUCGGAAAUUAUAUGCGGUGAUGUUUGGGGUGAACACUUGAUUGUGAGCACUGAACAAGGAACUUUUGGAUUUAAAGAUCAUGAGUCACCCAUCCUGUUAAUUGAAAAAAACGUCGAAGUAAAGCAGUUAGAAGUUGCACAAUAUGAAUUACUGAUCAUUCGUUAUGAUAAAGGUCGAGAAGCGAAAGUGGCUGUGAUGCAACUUAAUUCAUUGACUUCCGGUAAGCCAGUGGAUCGAUCACAAGCUAAGAAACUUAGUCUAGAAAAAACAAAAGGUAGUCAAUUAUUCACCGUCAGUAAAAGUCCCAAUCAUCCACUGAGAUUAGCAAUCGCAGUACAUCGAAGAAUUAUAAUUUUCCAGUGGCAAUUAUUUACUGGCAGAUCUCUGUCUUCGUGGAAUCAGUUGGCUCAGCCAGAUCCCGUGGAAAAUUUUCAGGUUAUCAGAGAAAUUCAUUUAAUUGAUCCAAUUCAAACAUUAAGCUUUGUUGAGGGUAUACCCGGUGGAAGAUUAUGUGUAGGAUAUAGAAAUCAAUUUAUUUUAAUUGAUGCAAAAAAUAAAGAGACAAUACAGUUGUAUCGUACUGAAGGCAGUCGAAAUCAAGUUGUUUCUGCAUUAGAAUUAUGGGCUGAUGAAGAACAUGAAUUGUUAUUAUGCUUUACAAGUAAGCAAAAUUGAAAAAUGUUUUCUGAAUAUAUUCUUCAUGUUACUAUUUGUUGAUAUACUUGUAAUUCUCCGUUGUUAUACUGGGUCGAAUUCUUCGACCUCUGUUGGCGUAUGGGCCCCUAUGAGGAUGCCUCGAUACUGUUUGAAUAACUAUUACGAUAAUUUGCUUGGUUGUGGCUAGCAGAGGAAUCCAUCAUGAGCGUUUCUUUGUGUUAACCAAAAUUUAAUGGAUAGAAGAACAUUAGGUUGUGAAUUGAUAUGGAGGAGAAUAUUCGUCUGUAUUCUAGAAAACAGCUUAUUGAUUGAGAUGACUGGCAAUGCACAUGAAAACGGAACCCCAAAGAGUAUCGAAACCAGCAGAAAAUGAUCAAGUAUUCUUCAUUUCAGCUACAACUAUGCAAAAUACUCUAUUGAAAAGACCAAAGUUAAAUCUUAUUGAAGAUAACCGAAAUCAUUGUUAUUUAGCUUAACUCAUCUCAAAUAUCUAUAAAGAUAGCAAAUGACUAUUCGAGUCGUUAAAGUGGUAACUUCAAUGAAAAAAACAGUUUGGUGAAAAUGAUUAAUUCAAAGAUAAUUAAAGCAUCAUGCGUUUGUGUGCUAUUCACCUUUCGUUUAGAACUUAACUCUGGUUCUCAAAACCUUGUGUAUUACCUAAUAGGGCAUGGUUCUUCAAUAAAUAUUACUGAAAUCAAAUCGAUAUGGUAAUGUCACUUCUUGAUGGAUAACUGUUUGUUGACUAUAGAAAUAAAGAAUAUGCAAUAGUAAUUACCUGGAAUCGGAUAUCUCAUGAAGAAGUAGAUUAAAUUAUGUAAAAUAUUACUAUGAAUGUGCUGAGUAAUAAUCAGGCAAAUAUGAUGAAUCUUUGUAACGAGUAGUGAUACUGGGUUUGUGCGUCAUUACUCUUUUUAUUAUCAUAAUAAAACGAAUUAAAAGCUACUAUUAGACAUAAAACGUUGAAAUACACUAUAAUGAAUGUCGUCUAAAAGUGAGGAACAUUUCGCUUUGAUAUGAAAUCACAGAGGGGAAAUCAACAGGUUAAACAGAAACUUAGCGCUAAGGAAAUUCUUUCAUUUGUCUGACCAUAUACGCACGUAAAUAUACUUGGGUGAGAUCACAGACUACUUAUGCUAUUCAUCAUAAACUAACAUCAGUUGGAGAACGAUUGGAAACGUGAGAGCACCUAAGAGUCGUCUCGUCCUAGCAUGAGACUUCCCAGCAGCUCAAAUUCAUGACCCGCCAGCGACCAGACUCAGGAUCUUCAUGUUUCUUGAUGAACACGUUAUCCUUCAGCGACUGGUUCAGAACUCGGUGGUUCACAUUUUCAUAUUUCUGUCAGUUCGCGAUAUAAAGUGAUACUCAUCUAACGUUGUCGUUGAAUAUUUCUCCUCAUCUUCGACUUGAUUUGCUUCACCGAACACGAUUUCGCAUUAGAAACCCCAGGAAAUCUCAUUUCGAAGCAACUUACUGAUGAGAACUGGAGAGUGAUUCAAUUUGGAUGUUAAUCGGUGGUAAUUAUUAACUUCAUAUCAGUCAAUUUCCACCAUCCUCCAAAUUGAAUUACAUUAGAAUUUUCAGAGCGAAUUCCUUUUCCAGUGUUACAAUCUUAGAGACGAAUUUAAAGGUUACCCUGUCAACUGCUAUAAUAACCAAACAGUUUUUGGUAUUUCGGAUAGAAAGAUAGUUUUUCAUAGGACUUAGAAGCCUCACUGGUUAUCUUAUCUUAUCUGGCCUUUGAAUUUUUUCCAGUCUUAGAACAAAGAUAGCUUGACUGAUACACUUUCAUUGCCAUUCUACAUAACUUGCUCCUCAGCUGAUAAACAGACAGAUAGAUCAAUAUUGAAUCUUAAUUAUGUGAGAAAAUGUUCAUGUUUCUAUAUGUCACAUUAUCAGGGAAUAAGAAGAUUUAGCGAGAGCAGGAUGGUAUUGAACUGAACAAAAAUAAUGCUAAAAAAGAGGACAGAUAAAUGACAACUUGUGAAAUUUUCACAAAUCUGGUGAUGAUAAGAAAUGAAUACAGUAUUCUACUGUACUGAGUAUUAAAUUGUAACACUAACGUAACUCAACUAUUUAUUUUUAUCAUCACGAAAAACAAAAUCUAACCAAAAGUUUCCUACAAGGCCUUGGUAAAGGGGUAAUGGUAUGACCAGUGCAACCUAGCACAGUCUCAUUUACCUAGUUGAUGGACAUCUAUUAAAUUUCAAUCGACCAAGUAGAUCACAAUUUUCCCUUUGUCAGUAACAUUCCACAGACUGUUUAUAAUAAAAUUUAAAAUUGUCCUGUUUACAAAUAAAGUAAUUGAAAUUAAUUACCGAUUGUUGAAAGAUUUGAUGUUUCACGCCUUGAUCAAAUUCUGUUAACCUUCUAUUUUAAAUAUUUUUAUAGGAACGUGCCACUUCCAAAAACUCUCUUUAAAUACAUCUGGAAUUGGGAAUCGUCGUCAAGCACCAAGAAUCAAUAGCCCUGCUGAUUCUAGUUUUAAUUGGAGUAUUAAGUCGUCUAUAGACACCAAUACAGCUAAAUCAUCACCAUCAUUGUCUCAAACACAAGGAUACGCUUCAGUAGAUUCCCCUAGUCCAACUAGUGGGCCAUUAGCUAGAAGUUGUUCACCCGAUCCAUUAUACAAUCCAACAAAUUUAAAUUUAUCAAACGAAGAAAAAGUGAAAACUAGCGAUUUUGAUUUUGCAUGGAAUUUUGAACCACAACAAGUUGGUAAGUUUGAUAAAAGUUAUGUUGAUAAACUUUUUUCUUCACUGUUAGCUGAUGGAGUGAUUGCUAAUCAAUUGAAAUAAAAAUUACCAAAAACAGUUGUAACACUGUUCAAAUCAGACAGUCUUUUAGAUGACUUAGCUUAACAAAUACUAUAAAGAUAUUUUAAAAAAUUAAAGACGAUUGUUUACUUCAUAUAAACAAAAAAUGAAUCCUCAAAUCUGGAUAAAGUAAUUUUGCUUUACAUCCGUUACAUUCAUCUGACUGUAUUUACAAUAAUAACUUAAGUUCGUAGAUCAGUAAUUUUAGAACACUUAAUGAGUAUUUUCACUACAAGAUGUACAUUUAUGAUGAACGCCAACAAAAGAAAAUUUGUUACUGGGGCUCCCUGUCAAUUUAAUCGCACUGUGAAAAUUCGUGGUAUAAAAAUCAUCAGAAUGAAACUACCAACGAUGUUCAGAUAGAUACCCAUGGAAUGAGCUGGUAUCCACUACGAAUACCCAGUCACCUUCCGCCCCAUUGUACAAUACUAGGUCAAAUGGAUUCGGAAUAGAAAGGUGUUAAAUGCCAUGAGAUUGAAACAUGGCAUCAGUUCAUGAAAUCUCUGACUCUCAGUUUUAGCCGUGUAUGGAAAUGUAGACUUACCGAUUGGGAUAUACGUUAUAUAAAACAGAAUAGAUCCAAGUGGCACAGACGUAUCCAUACACUGUCUUCAUCUUAACAGUCAUACCAAGUUUCAGAAUCGUUUCAUUUCGUCUUGCUUUCUUUUCAAAACUUUCAUACACUUUUAACUGUAUUCUUCUGCAUUUAUUUAUCUUUCUUCCAUGUGCCUUCCACUUUUACGUGUUGAUAUGAGAUGCAGGAGUAUAGACUGUUAUUCAGCAAUGCUAGAUGUCACGUUGAUGCUGAUUGAUUGACUCACCAGUAACUCAUGUUCACUACUUAAAAGUUCACUGUCUUAAUUAAGUAAUCUAGCGGAUAAAAACGUUGUUUUAAUCGAUAAUUGAUAUGUCUAACCAGCCAAAGGAGUUGGCAAAUACUGCGAUUAAGCUUAAUCCCAUUAAAGAACCUGAUAUCAGGUGGAAAAUUUGUCUUCAAUUUUGAGUACCAGACAUCACUGGAUAAAAAAUAAAGGAUGCUUUACAUCAACAUUAAAUAAGUAAAAGAAAAGAAAUCUGAUGGAUUUGUUGAUAUGAUUUUUAUCUUUUUUGAUGAUAAUACUAAUCAUUCUGCUUGCAGACUAUGAGAUCUUCAUUUAUAUGAACAAAACUUCGUCCUGUAUAUCUGCAUGAAUGCCUGACGUUGUUAUAUAAACUUGAAAAACCAUAUACUGCACGAAUUUUCUAUGUAGUGAAUGAACAUAGACAUCAAUGUUGAUCCUUGUAAGCCUUUUGAAACAAGAAGUACAAGCCACUAUUGCCUGUUACAUGGUCAACCUCAAUUUAUACUGUGAUAAAAGUUUUCUGUAAACCAUAAAAUCAAGUAAACACCUUUCUUGCUUUUACUCUAGCUGUUUGCUUUCCAUAUAUAUUUGGAUUUAAUCCUGCGGCAAUUGAAAUACGCUUACUAAUUAAUGGAAGUUUAGUGCACACAAUGCUUGUGUCUGAUUGUCGAUUAAUUACUGCUAAAGGUGAUAUAUUUUUCACGUCAACUUCUGAAACACUAGAUUAUGAAACUGGUCCAUCAACAAGCAACAGUAACGUCACUACCAAUAAUGCCAUCUGUGAAAAUGAUGGUAGCAGCAAACUUAUACAACAGAAUGAUACACAAUCUGUCGUUAAAGCAUUAAAUCAGUUGAGUCUAGAUGACAGACAACACGUCAGCGAUCUGAUAACUGGUAAUAUGAACGGUGAUCUGCAAAAAAAUGUUUCACUGCCAGCUGAACAACAAUACAACGAGACACAACCAAUUACAUCGUCUGCUACCUCUGUUAUCGCUUCUUCUUGUUCGAGUAUGAAUUCAUCAGGUGGUAAUAAUACUGUCGCUAAGUUUUUAUCUUCAAACUCAAUGGGCAAUACAUCUUUAUCAUCGGUUGCAUCAUCACCAUCGUCAACAGGACAUGUAUCCAAUUCGAUUAGCACUGAUCUAAGCCAACUACAAACAAAUUUCAUAUACAGAAUACCAAUAUGUAGUUUAAAUAAACAAAUGAGUGGUAAUGAACAAAAAUAGUCGUAAUAAAAGAGAACACCAAGCAAUUUCAUAAAAUAUACAAACAUUAUUUAUAGCAUUUGAUAUCCUCUUCACUUAUUUCUCACAUCAGGUUGUUUAAAAAGGAAUAAAGCAGCACAUUUCGUUUGUUCUCAUCUAAAUAACCGAUUCUCAUCACUGCUGAUGACCAUGAUGAUGGUGAUGAUGAUACAACAAGAUGAAGUUGAUGUAACAAAUAGAUAGUUAGAGCAACGAUUAACUUAGACUACUUCUGUGAAUAUUUUCAAUAAGUAAAUACUAAUUUUUCCUACAUUAUGAAAAUUCAUGUUGUACUAGUAUAUGGCAUGUAUACAGACGUGCCUGAAGACAAUGAUCAACGAAAUACAACCUUCUUCAUAUCUCUGUCAUGCAUUUUAUUUUCUUUUUUUCUAUACCUUGAUUUUGAGAAAAAACAUUUUAAUCCUACAUGAAAUGAAUCCCAAUUUUUAAGUCCAUUGAAACCAAAACAUACAUUUCUGUGAUAUACAUAUUGUAAACAAAUUACUUAUUGUUUAAAAAGUAAUUAAUGAAAGGAAUAAAUUAUCCAACGGAUAUACCACUUUUCAUAUCGUGAAACAUUUAAUCGAAAAAAAAAGAUGAAUGUACACGUUCAUAUCCCAUUUGUUGUUUAACAUUUUAAUAACUUCUACUAAAAACUGGAAAAAAAACACCUCACUCAUAAUUCAAUUAUUUGUUUUGUUUAUUUAUUUUUUCUGACUUACAUCAUGUACAACCUUUGGAUAUAAAAUAUAAGUUGUUUG